AUGCGGCUCGUUUUUGCACUGGUCCUGCUGUGUGCAUCCUCAGUGGAGUGCCAGCAAAGAGGUCUCUUUCCUGCAAUUUUAAACUUGGCCAGCAAUGCUGAUAUUUCCACCAACGCCACAUGUGGGGACCCUGUUCCUGAAAUGCACUGUAAGCUUGUGGAGCAUGUUCCUGGAAGACGGAUUCGGAACCCCCAGUGUAGGACAUGUGAUGCUAACAGUGCUAACCCCAAAGAGCAACAUCCCAUCACUUAUGCUAUUGAUGGCACCAAUCAGUGGUGGCAGAGUCCCAGCAUCAAGAACGGCCGUCAAUUUCACUGGGUCACCAUCACACUGGAUCUACGACAGAUCUUUCAGGUGGCUUAUGUGAUUAUUAAGGCAGCAAACUCUCCUCGUCCUGGUAACUGGAUUCUGGAACGUUCUUUGGAUGGCAUUAUUUACCAACCCUGGCAGUACUAUGCCAUUAGUGACACAGAGUGCCUGACCCGCUACAACGUCACUCCCCGCCUUGGACCCCCCACCUACAAGAGAGAUGAUGAGGUCAUCUGUACUUCUUACUACUCCCGACUGGUCCCUCUGGAACAUGGAGAGAUCCACACUUCUUUAAUAAAUGGCCGUCCAGGUGCUGACGACUUGACUUCUGAGCUGCUGGAAUUCACCUCUGCCCGCUUUAUCCGUCUGCGCCUACAACGUAUUCGUACACUCAACGCUGACCUUAUGACCCUCAGCUACCGCGACCCUAAGGAUGUGGACCCCAUAGUCACCCGUCGGUAUUAUUACUCAAUCAAAGACAUCUCGGUGGGUGGAAUGUGCAUCUGUUAUGGCCAUGCCCAGAGUUGCCCCUGGGACCCUGUUACCAAGAAAUUGCAGUGUGUAUGUGAGCACAAUACAUGUGGGGAGAGUUGUAAUGAAUGUUGUCCAGGCUACCAUCAGGAACUCUGGCAACCUGGUACCCUCUCUGAAGGCAACACAUGCGAGAAAUGUAACUGCCACAGCAAAGCUGAAGACUGUUACUACAACCAGACCGUGGCCGAUCUACAGAUGAGCAUGAACACACACGGUCAGUUUGUGGGAGGUGGAGUGUGCAUAAACUGCACACAGAACACUGCAGGUGUUAACUGCGAGACCUGUGUUGAUGGCUACUACAGACCACAUAAGGUGUCUCCAUAUGAGAAUGAGCCCUGUGCAGAGUGUAACUGUGAUAUGAGAGGCUCAGUCAGCCAUAUCUGUGUCAGAGACGAUAACAGUGCUAAUCCUGCUAAAGGUGUUUAUCCCGGUCAGUGUAUGUGUAAAGAGGGCUUUACAGGUGAAAAGUGUGAUCGCUGUGCGUUCGGAUACAGGGACUUCCCCCUGUGCACCCGCUGUGAGUGCAGUUUGGAAGGCAGCCAUAACAUUGACCCUUGCCGCGAGUGUAUUUGCAAGGCCAAUGUGAUGGGGGCAAACUGUGACUUGUGCAAGCAGGGCUUCUAUAACUUGCAGGCCAGUAACCCAGAGGGCUGCACUGAAUGCUUUUGCUUUGGUGUGUCUGACGUGUGUGAGAGCUCAACCUGGUCUACCUCUUUGAUUGUACACAGAGACGGUUGGCUGCGCCCCUCCAUUCACAGCUCCUCAAUCUACACAGCGCCUGUUAGUGAAGACAACCUCAUCAUUGCUGACAAUGCUACUGCCCCCAGAGGCCACCACUCUGUAGCCUCCUGGUCUGCUCCAGAACACUUCCUUGGCAACCAGCUGAAAGCAUAUGGAAGCUUUCUAAACUUCAGUGUGGUGUAUGAUGUAUCAGUGGACAAUAAAGUGGACAAAAGUCUUGCAUCACAUUUUGAUGUGAUUAUUGAGGGGAACGGAAAGAGACUGCGCCAGUUCAUGCCCAGGCAUGUGUUCCUGAGUCCUCAUAGAGAACAGCAGGUGGCACUAGAAAUUUUGCCGCACAUUUUUGUGGAUGUACACACAGAGCGUAAAGUGCAGAAGGACGAGCUGAUGAAUGUACUGGCUGAUGUAGCCACUCUAAGGAUCAGAGCUCACCUAAACACCAGUGUAGAGGGAGUGCUUAGACUGAGCAGUGUGCACAUGGCCGUUGCUGAUCCUACCUCCACAAGCUCUGUUCUGGCUCCUGAUGUUGAGCAGUGUGAAUGCCCAUGGGGUUACUCUGGGACAUCGUGUGAGACCUGUAUAUCUGGGUUUUAUCGAGUUGGAGGAAUCCUGUUUGGAGGAAACUGUUUGCAGUGCGAGUGUAACGAUCAUGCUUCUGAGUGUGACAUCAAUGGUGUAUGUCUGGACUGCUCUCACAAUACUACAGGACCUCACUGUGACCAGUGCAUGCCAGGUUACUAUGGCGAUCCCACGGAGGGCAUGCUGGAAGACUGCCAACGAUGUGCCUGUCCACUGACACUGGCGUCCAACAACUUUAGUCCUACCUGUUCUUUGCAAGGUCCUGGAGAAGUCACAUGUGACCAGUGUGAACAGGGAUAUACAGGAUCCAAGUGUGAGAGGUGCGCUAAUGGGUAUUAUGGCAACCCCACCAUACCAGGUGAGAAGUGCAAAGCAUGCGAGUGUAAUGGGAAUGUGAACCCGUCUGAGCCAGACCACUGUGACUCUGUUACUGGCGAGUGUUUGAAGUGUAUUAGACACACAACAGGACGACGCUGUGAGCUCUGUGAGGAAGGCUACUACGGUGAUGCCGUCAUUGCUAAGAACUGCCAAGCCUGUGGCUGCCACCCUAAUAGCUCACUCUCCACUGUGUGUGACAUUAUAACUGGGCAUUGUGAGUGUAAGGCCAACGUGGAGGGGGAAAAGUGUGACAGCUGCAAGGUUGGUUUUUAUGGCAUUACCAGUGGAGAUGGCUGCAGAGAAUGCAAGUGCAACCAAUCCGGAUCAGUAUCAGAAGCAUGUAAUGAAAGUGGACAGUGCCAGUGUAUUGUUGGGGUAUCAGGAGAUAAGUGUGACCGGUGCCUGCAUGGCUUCUACAACUUUAAAGACGGCGGCUGCACCCCAUGUGACUGUGCUCACACACACGGUAACUGCAAUGCUGAGACGGGUGAGUGUAUCUGCCCACCAAACACCAAAGGAGAAAAAUGUGAGCUGUGUGAGGAAGAUCACUGGGGUCAUGAUGGAGUGGCUGGAUGCAAGCCUUGUGAAUGCAAUGAGGCCGGCUCCAACACUUCUCAGUGUGACCUGCUUAGUGGUCAGUGUGUGUGCAGACCGCACUUCACCUCUCAGAAAUGUGAUCGCUGCACUUUAGGCUUCAAGAAUUUUCCAGAAUGCACUGCAUGCAAUUGCGAUGUUAAUGGUACACGUGAGGAAUUCUGUGAUGUGGAACUGGGAGUGUGUGGCUGUGAGGACCAUGGACAAUGUUCAUGCAAGGAGAAUGUAGGUGGUGGUGGUUGUGAUGAGUGUAAGACUGGGACAUUUGGUCUGUCAGGGCAAAAUCCAGCUGGCUGCAGCCCCUGCUUUUGUUUCGGAUUUUCGUCCGACUGUGAGGAGCUUGGUGGGAUGGUCAGAGUUCCAAUCACUGUGAGUCCUGAGGUUGAGCGUUUACAUGUAGUGAGCCACAGGGAUCAGCAGGGCACACUAGAGGGCGUUUAUAAUGCUGGGGGAGAAAUACUGCUGGAUGUUGCUCAGCUACAAAGUGGAUCCAUACUUACUGAGCCAUAUUACUGGAAAUUGCCACAACGCUUUCAAGGCAGCAAGCUGCUGUCUUACGGAGGUGAACUCUUGUACAGUGUAACAUUUGCUGCUUUGGCCGGGUCUGGUCUGUCCAAUUAUGAGCCUCAGGUGCUGAUUAGAGGAGGUCAUUUGAAGAAGCUGGUAAUCUACAUAGACAUGCCUGCUCCAGAGAUUGGCAUUCAAACUAUACACCGUGUCCCUCUCACUGAGCACAAGUGGAAGUACUUUAACGCUGUGUCUGAGAAAGCUGUGAGCCAUGCAGACUUCAUGUCUGUUCUAAGCAACGUGGAGUAUAUCAUUAUCAAAGCCUCAUAUGGAACAGGUCUUCAGCAGAGCAGGAUUUCAAAUAUCUCAAUGGAGACAGCAGUGGAGAUGGAUGAGGUUCCUGACAGCAUUCUAGUGGCCAGGCUGGUGGAGACAUGUGAAUGCCCUUUAGGUUACGCAGGCCUGUCUUGCCAGGAGUGUGCUCCAGGUUACUACAGGCAGCACAUAUCUGAGCUCAAUAUGAAGGGCAAUAAUAGGCCUCUGAUUCAGCCUUGUGUGCCCUGCCAGUGCAAUAAUCACAGUGCGGCAUGUGACCUGGACACGGGCGAGUGCCUGGGCUGUCAGCACAACACAGCGGGAAAGCACUGCAACGUGUGUGCUUCAGGACAUUAUGGUCAGGUGCAGGGAUCGAUCAGUGACUGCUCACUUUGUGCAUGUCCACUGCAAAGCAACAGUUUCAGUCCCACGUGUAUUCUUGAUGGGGCUGGUGAUUUCCGCUGUAAUGCCUGUGAAACAGGCUACGCGGGACGCUACUGUGAAAAGUGCUCACUGGGUUACUAUGGUAAUCCUUCAAAGCCCGGUGGGAGGUGUGAAGUAUGUGAGUGCAGUAAGAGUGGCUCGCUCAACAACAUGUGUGAUGUCCAAACAGGGAAGUGUGAGUGCACACCAGGGUUCAGAGGUCACCUGUGUGACCAGUGCGAAGACAGACACGUCCUGAAUGUUGACCAGUGUGUUUCAUGCGAUGACGGAUGCACUGGAGUGCUGCUGGAUGAUUUAGAUGCUAAUGUGGUCUUGAUGCAGUCUCUAAACCUGAGUGGUGUCAUUCUGGCUCCAUACAGCCUGCUGAUUAGCCUGGAGAACCAGACACAAGAGUGCUUGUCCAUGUUGUCAGAAAAGAACUCAAGCUAUCAUCUAGCAAGGGCAGAUGAAGAUGUAACAGACCUCACUCAACAAGUGGACGAACUUCAAACAAUGAUUGCAAAUGUAUCUGCUCUUGGUGAGAACAUUGAUCAGGCUUCAGAAAAGAGUCUUCAUCAAGGAAAAGGUCUUCUGGACUUGAUUUCUGACAUUCACAAUGUCAUCAAAGUCUUGGAGAAGGAAGCUGAGAAUCUCGACGACACAAAAAAAGAAGUGUUUGAAGAAGAAAACAGUGUAAUUCUGCAGGAGCAGACGGAAUCCAUGCUGGAGAAGAUUAGAGCCAUUGACCUAGCCAACAGUAACAUCGCUGCUGUGGAGGAAAUCAGUGCUGCAGUAGCCCUGCUUGACAGCAUCCAAAAGAAGAUGGCGAAGCCUUUGGAUCAUAUAGAGAACCUGAGACACAACAUCUCCACAGCACUAGCCAGACAUAACAAGCAUCUUAAGGAGGUUCAGGAGGUGCUAAACACAGCCAUGAGCCACAAUAACCACACAGAACAGCUAUUGAUGAAUAUUCAGACUAAUCAGGAGAAUUUCCAGUUACUGAGGCAGAACGUGAGCAGUCUGAAUCAAGUAGUGGAGACACAUCUGGAGGAGGCCCAGGAUGUGUUGAGUGAUGCACUCAGCAUUGCUGGAGAUCUUCAAAAUCUGACAAUGGGGGUGGAGGAAUCUAAAGAGGAGCUGCUUCAAUGGAGCCCUAAUUUGAGAAAACAUGUAGACAAAUUAGUUAUGGAGCUGACCAAAAGAGAUACCCUGGAGCUGGUGUACAAUGCAGAGGACCAUGCCCAAGCACUUUUCAGAGAGGCCCAAGCAAUGAACAGUACUCUGUCUGGAGUAAGAGAAGCAUCUGUAAAUGCCACCAGUGUCUUUAGGAGCGGCUUGGACAUCAGUGCUACCAUCCAACAGGCUGAAGCUCUGGCUAUUUCAAGCGAUCAAGAUGCUAGCUCUGCCCUCAACCUGACUCUACACAGCAAUCAAUCAUUAACUGAAAUGAGCAAACAGGCAGUUCAGAAAAGCUUGAAGAUUCUGGAUAAUAGUGCAGUAUUGAAAAAUAUGACUGAAGGACUUGCACUUAAUAUCAGUGAUGUAUAUAGCAGAAUCAGUCGAGUCAAAGCAGGUGUACACAACUUCUCCCAGUUGCUUCCUGAGGCUCUGAGCAAUUUGGGGAAGCUGGGAAAUGGAAGCAGAUCUCAGGUUCUUGAGGUGAAGCAGCAGGUAGUCAAAGCCGAGGCUUCAUUACAGAAAGCCGUUGAAGAAUUAGAAGACUACCAGAUGAAGCUAGAGAAGUCUUCUUCAGCUAUUAGCUUAGCCAACAGCAGCGCCAACUUUGUCAAUGCCAUGGUUGAAGACUCUGAACGAACUGCCAGUGCAGCUGAAUCUAAGCUAAAGGAGGCUCAGCUGGAGACAGACCGCCUUUAUGACAGACUGAAACCUCUACAGUUACUGGGUGAAAACCUGAGCAAGAAUCUGUCAGAGAUAAGGGAGAUGAUCAACCAAGCCCGAAUGCAAGCAGCCUCGAUUAAAGUUGCAGUAUCAGCAGACCGCAAUUGUGUGCGGGCAUACAAGCCAGAGAUUACCUCUAGCAAUUUCAACACCCUUACCCUGACUGUGAAAACAUCUGAACCAGACAAUCUGCUCUUUUAUAUGGGCAGUAGCUUGAGUGUGGAUUUCAUGGCCCUUGAGAUGAGGCAUGGAAAAGUGGCCUUCUUGUGGGAUUCAGGCUCUGGACAUGCUAAACUGGAAUAUCCUAGUGUCCAAAUAAACAACAACAAAUGGCACAGAAUCAAUGCCACUCGAUUUGGCAGACACGGCACCCUUACCGUACAGCAGUUGGACUCAGAGCCAAUGCCUCCAGUAAAGGCCACAGCACCAGGGUCGUCCACGGUCAUGGAUGUCGGCAAGUCUACGUGGGUGUUUGUGGGAGGUCUUAGUGGUCAGGUUAAGAAAUCCCCAGCAGUGACGAUAACUCACUUUAAAGGAUGUAUGGGUGAAGCAUCUCUGAAUGAGAAGAACAUUGGACUAUGGAACUAUGCUGAAAGGGAAGGAAACUGUCGGGGUUGCUUCAUGAGGCCACAGGCAGAGGACACAUCCUUCUACUUUGAUGGUAGUGGAUAUUCUGUGGUGGAAAAGUCUCUGCGCUCUACUUCCACCGGCAUUGUCAUGUUCUUUAAAACUCUUUCACCAAACGGCUUGCUGCUCUAUCUGGCCUCUAAUGGCACUAGAGACUUCUUGUCUAUUGAGUUGGUGGAAGGUAAAGUGCACAUGACUUUUGAACUGGGUUCUGGACCUCUAAUGCUGACCUCAACAAAAGCUUACAAUACUGGAGUCUGGUAUAAGAUUGCCCUGCAACGCAACAAACGCAAAGGCUAUUUAUCCAUAAUGACUGCUGACAACCCAUCAGAGAGAGAAGUCAUGGAGGCAGAGUCUCCCGGAACUGCAUCUGAUCUGAACCGCUCAGACCUGGAUCCCAUCUACAUUGGAGGGCUGCCUGCAUCCAGGCCGAUUAGGAGGCAGGUUGUUGCACGCUCUUACGUGGGCUGCAUUAAGAAUGUUGAAAUUGCACGCACAAACUUUGAUCUACUGAUAGAGGCUUAUGGUGUGAAGAAAGGCUGUAUCUUAAAGGCUAUCCGCAGCAUUUCUGUGCUGGGUGAAGGAUAUGUACAGAUGCCUGCAGUCACAGUGGGUCCUCAGAGUGAGCUCAUUAGCAGCUUUUCCACCAGAAAUGGCAGCGGCCUAAUCCUGGCAGGAUUCAACUCCGCCACAGGUCGCACGCGCCGACAAACACAGCAGUCUUUUCUGGCUGUGAUGCUUGUGUCAGGCAGAGUAGAAGUCCAUGUGAGCAUAGCAGAGGGAGGAGGUGUGCACAAAGCUGUUGUCAAAUCUCGAAACGGCACAUUUAGCGAUGGAGAAGAGCACUCCCUCAUCCUUCAGAGAAAUAAAAGGACAAUGACAGUGUAUGUGGAUGAGGAACAGCAGGAAACUGUAAGACUGGGCUCAGCUGCUGAAAAGGUUAUCACUCUAAACAACUUCUACAUUGGAGGCGUCCCUCCAGAAGAGGCCAAUGCAGUUCUUUCCUCUGUCACUUCAUUUUACGGCUGCAUCAGGAACGUGGCCAUUGACAACAUGUUGUUGGACCUGUCCAGUGCAGUAAGGUACAAGGGAGUAGAUAUGGACAGCUGCCUGCUGGAGGAGCGUCCCAAACGUCCCCUUUUACCAGACGAGGGAGAUGUAGAGCCAGAGACCACUGCUGUCCCAAGGCUGGGGCCCUUGUCACCCCCCAGUGAGAUCAGUGCUAUUACACCAGGAGCUACCACUUGUGCUGCCGUGGAUGGUAUAGAAAACAUUGCAGAUGCUCAUCAGCUUGGACUUUCCAAAAACAGUCAUGUGAUUAUCAGCUUCAAGAAUAAGACAGUCAGGUCAAGUUUUACGAUUGAGCUCUCAAUCCGUACGCUGGCUCAAAGCGGGAUCCUGUACUAUAUGGCUAAUGCCAAUCAAAUGGACUAUGCAGCACUGCAGCUGCAGGGGGGCCGACUGGUCUUCUCAUGUGACCUGGGCAAAGGCCCUGCUAUCAGCACAUCACAGACACACAUCAGCGAUGGACAGUGGCACACUGUAAAAACUGAGUUAAGUAAGAAGGGCAUAGUCAUCAGCAUUGAUGGGAAGGACUCUGAGCGCACUUCAAUUAAAGGCCACACCCUGGAUGUGGAAGGGAAGCUGUAUCUUGGAGGACUGCCUGCAGGAUACACUGCCAAAAAGAUUGGAAAUAUGACUUACAGUGUGGCUGGAUGCAUGCAGAAGGUAAAGCUAAACAGUGCUGAGCUAAAUCUAAAGGAUGCAGUUACUUCACAUGACAUCGGCUCCUGCUUCAGGUCCAUCCAAGACGGCACCUUCUUCAAUGGCUCAGGAUACGCUGCUUUCAUGAAAGAGGGUUAUUACGUGGGCUCAGAUGUAACGGUCAGCUUGGAGUUCCGCUCCACAGCGAUGGAUGGAGUUUUGCUGGGAGUGAGCAGUGCCCGAGUAGACGCCAUUGGAUUGGAGCUUAUCAAUGGCCAGGUGGUGUUCAAUGUAAAUAACGGCGCCGGACGCUUUUCAGCCGUGUCCAGAAACCGGGCGCCACUGUGUGACGGCCGCUGGCACACCUUAGUGGCUAAGAAGCUAAAGCACAGUCUGAGUCUGAGCGUCGAUGGGUUGACGGUGAGCACAGAGAACCCGCACUCUUCCUCCACUUCAGCCGAGACCAAGAACCCGAUCUAUGUAGGAGGAUAUCCAGCUGAUGUGAAGCAGAGCUGUUUGAGCUCCAGGACAUCGUUCAGUGGCUGCAUGAAAAAUCUGCGCCUGGUUAAAGGACAUAUCACAGACGUGUUAGAGUUCAGCUCAGCCUUCACCCGCGCUGGUGUCUCGCCACACUCCUGCCCUGCUGCUGCUCCCGCUGCCUGAGCCAUUUCUCAACCCUCCCUGCACUGCUUGUAUAAAUGUUGUUUUUGUUUAAAUCAGAUACUAAAAUUAUUUUUGUUAAUGCUGAUGACAAGAAUCUCAACGUUUUGUUACAUCCAAAUGUUUGUCACAUCUCAUUUGUUAAUGAAAUGCAAUAAAGUUCU